AAGUUAAACUAGAAGAGUAGAUUAAUUAAAGGUAAGAAAGAGAGAGAGAGAGAGAAACAUUCCUUGGUAUGGGAGUGGGGAAUGGUGGUUGUUGGAUUAGAGUUAAAGAAUUAAGUAAAAGUAGAAGCAAACAAGCAUCGGAUGCAGUAGUCUGUUGCACAUGAUUUGCCAAUUGAAAAAAGGUAAACAUAGAUAGAUAAGAGAGAAAGCACUCUACUAAACAAAGGGUGUGUCAUAAUUAAAUAGAUGAAACAAUUAUAGCUUAUAGUCACGGAAAAAGAAACUUCUACCCAACCCAUGCUCACACACACUCACAGAUCCCUCACCCAAGUAGCUUUGCACCCAAGUAGCUUUGCACCCAAGUAGCUUUGCACCCAAAAAUCAAAAUCCACAACCAGACAAAGAUUUUCUCCCUUCAUCACACUCCACACCCACCACCACUCCUUCAACCCCAUCUCAUCUAACUUCAACCUACUUCUCAUUACAACCUAAAAAUCUCUGCUUUUUCAUACCCCUCAAAACAAAUGAAAAUAUUGGGGCAAAGGAAAGAAACAAAAAGUAACAUUCCUCUUUAGUUCUUCUCUCUAUUCUCCGCAUUGUGCUUUUUAUACUGUUCAUUCAAAAUCAAAAACUAUGAGGAAGCAUGGAUGGCAACUACCUUACCAUCCUCUUCAGGUGGUGGCUAUUUCUGUGUUUUUAGCGUUGGGGUUUGCUUUCUACGUGUUCUUCGCUCCUUUUGUUGGAAACAAGAUGUAUCAGUAUAUUGUCAUUGCCCUUUACACACCGCUGAUUACUGUUGUUUUUGGGCUCUACAUUUGGUGUGCUGCAGCUGAUCCAUCAGAUCCUGGGGUUUUUAAGUCCAAAAAGUAUCUUAAAAUUCCAGACAAUAAAAAGGUUGUUGGGCAUAAGAGUUCUAAAUUAGGUGAAGAGUCAACUCCGUCAAUGCAUGAUGCAAACGAUUCAACGGUUGGAGGAAAUUCCAUGGAUAAUGAAACAUUUGGAACAGAAGGAAAUAUGAAAAAUGCUUCAAAUUCAGUAGAGAAAGCAAAUGCAUCAUCUUCUUGUUUAUCUUGUUUCCUCUUGGUUUGCUCUCCUUGUGCUUAUAUCUGCCGCUGCUCUGGUUCAAGUGAGGAAUCUUCUGAUAAGCAAACAAGUGAAGAUGGCAUGUUCUAUUGCAGUUUGUGUGAAGUUGAGGUCUUCAAAUACAGCAAGCACUGUAGAGUCUGCGACAAGUGUGUAAAUCACUUUGAUCAUCAUUGCCGAUGGCUCAACAACUGUAUAGGGAAAAAGAACUAUAGGCAAUUUUUCACCCUGAUGAUUGCUGCUAUGCUCUUGUUUAUUCUUCAAUGGUCAACUGGGAUACUUGUGCUCAUCCGCUGUUUCGUUGAGAGGAAGCAAUUUUCUAUGGAAAUCUCCUCUAAGUUGGGAAGCAGUUUCUCUCUGGCUCCCUUUGUUAUUGUUGUGUCUGCUUGUACAAUUCUGGCUAUGAUUGCUACCUUGCCUGUUGUUCAGCUUUUCUUCUUUCAUAUCCUCCUCAUUAAAAAGGGACUCAGCACAUAUGAUUACAUUGUAGCUUUGAGGGAGCUGGAGCAAGAGCAGGAGCAGCUAGGAAAUGGAGGCCAGCAAAGUCCCCAAAUGUCAACUGUUAGCUCAUUUACUGGGUUGAGCAGUGCAAGCUCCUUCAAUGCUUUACAUCGUGGUGCUGGUGCCUGGUGCACACCCCCGCGCAUGUUUAUUGAGGAUCAGUUUGAUGUAGUGCCCCCAGAAACAAGUUCUGUGAGUUCACUGGGAAAGAAGUCAAUGAGAGAAGAGCCAUUAAAGAAAAAGAAUCCUGGAGCAGUCAAAAUUAGUCCUUGGACAUUGGCGCGAUUAAAUGCAGAAGAUGUUGCUAAGGCUGCCGCUGAAGCAAAGAAAAAGUCCAAAAUUCUGCUGCCUGUGAUAAGACAUGAUCAGUCUUCCAGGCUAGAACCAGACAGCAGUUUUGGCAGCAGUGGCCAAAGAAUGGUUCCUGCGAAUGAAAACAAUAAAAAGCAGGAUAAUAAACGCAUUUACCUUCCUGCCGACUUAUCUAUGGAAUCCAUGAUGAAAGUUUCUGCCAAUAAUACUGAUAGGGGCUUCAAUGGAAGGUCUGGGUUUGCCCCACUUCAGUAUGAAGCACGUAGUGCAUUUAAAACAAGCCAAGCAAUGCCAAGCUCAGCUGGAAUUGUUCUGUCGUCUCCUGAGAGCAGUUUAGACUCUCCUGAUAUUCAUCCUUUUCGGGCUUCGGGAGCUGAGGAAGCAAGGCAUCUUGCAGGUCUUUCAGCUGCUGAUGCUGCAGCUCUGAAGGAAAAUCCACUGUCGAGGUCAACAAGUGAUGGGUAUGAGGCCUCCGGUGGGGAAGACAGUGACCAGGUUCCUAGUAGGAUUGUUCAGAGAUCUGCAGAUCGGAGUAAUUUUCUUUUCAGAGCUGAUCAGGAUGAGAGAUCUUUCAGGCCUACAUUGUCAUCCAGCAAGAGUCACAGUAGACACUAGAAAGUUCUGACCACCAACUUAGGUGUCAAUUCGAUAACUAUCUUUUGCUGACUCUUUAGAUGGGAAUUGUUCAUUUUUUGAUUUGUGAGCUGGAGGUACUUGAGCAUCCAGUGGCCAUCAUCCUCUUUUGAUGCUGUUAAACGACGAUGCUCCUGAGUUUUGGAGGAUCAAGUGGUAACCGAUGUACAGAGUUUUGUCACUAUUAACUGAUAUGGUUGAGCUUCCUGUUACAUUGCCAUUGUUACUUCUGAGUUGUCCUUGCUUGCUAAUUUGUUAAGCUUUCUAUCCAGUUAUGGUACCUUAUGUUUAGGCAGAAUGGCUUGUUUGUUGUUACUUGCAUUUAAGAGAACUAGAAAUGGCUAUUUUAGGAAGAAUGUUUUUUCCUUUUCUUCAUCCCCACCCCAAAUUAUGUUACUAUACUAAUUAUAUCUCCAUCUUUUAUUUCUAUUAGAAUUAGAAUUAAGAUGUCUGUAUUGAGCCAGAGAUAGUUGGCAAAUUUAACAGCUUUUUAACGUCUUUUAC